UUCUUGCACUUGAAUGCAAUGUUAUGCAUAUGAAUGUAGAAUUAGAUUAUCUGGUUACUAGUUUAUGAACUUUAAUGUUCUUUAAACGGUUAUUUUAGGUUGUACUUUUUCUUUAAAAGGAAAUAGAACUUGUUAUCUCCAUUCUGUUUCUGAUUGUUAGCUCCCUUUUCUUCUUUCUUUUCAUCUCUCUUACACUUGAACCACUUGAACCAUGCACUGCAUCUAUUAUCACCCUGUUUUCGAUGAUGUUCUCACCAUUGACCUUAGAUGUUUUUAAGAAGUUGAUAUUGCAAACAUGGGUUUGAAACUCUUGGCACCCCGGAUGAUGAAGGAAGGGAUGAACCUUACAAAGAGCAAUGAAGAGAGGUCAAGCAGGAGUAGUCUAAAAUAGGGAGCAGCUCAGCACCUGUAGGAUAUUCAGAUGACAAAAGAUCAACCACUGACAAAAAUGAAGAGAAAAUUUACAGGCCAGGAUAACCUGAAUUGCGAUAGGGUGGAGUUGAACCUAAUGAAUGAAUGGAUAGCAAACAACAUAUUGCGAUAUUUACUACUGCAAGUCUUCCAUGGAUGACUGGAACCGCUGUCAACCCUCUCUUCCGUGUGGCCUAUCUUACAAAGGGCAGGGAGUUCAAGGUUACCUUGGUGAUUCCCUGGCUGUCCCCGAAAGAUCAAGAAUUAGUAUAUCCCAACAAGAUUAUACUCAAGUCACCUUCAGAGCAGGAGGCAUAUGUCCGUCAGUGGCUCGGGGAGAGGACUGGGUUUGUAUGUGAUUUCAGUAUAAAAUUUUAUCCUGGAAAGUUUUCCAGAGAUAAAAGGAGCAUUCUUGUGGUUGGGGAUAUUACAGAAAUCAUCCCUGAUGAAGAGGCUGAUAUUGCAGUCCUCGAGGAGCCUGAGCAUCUUACAUGGUAUCAUCAUGGAAAUAGAUGGAAAACUAAAUUCCGUUUGGUUGUAGGAAUUGUUCAUACCAAUUAUUUGGAAUAUGUUAGAAGAGAAAAGAAUGGACGGUUGCAGGCAUUUCUUCUGAAAUACAUAAAUAAUUGGGUUAUUGAUAUCUAUUGCCACAAGGUGAUUAGAUUAUCUGCUGCCAUCCAGGACCUUCCGAGAUCCAUCAUCUGCAAUGUUCAUGGAGUCAAUCCCAAGUUCCUUGAAAUUGGCAAAAGAAAGAAUGAGCAUCAACAAAAUGGUGACCAAGCCUUCAGUAAAGGCGCCUACUAUAUUGGGAAAAUGGCGUGGAGCAAAGGCUACAAGGAGCUACUCAAACUUCUUCAUGAUCACCAAAAGGAACUAACUGGACUUGAGGUUGAUUUAUAUGGCAAUGGGGAGGAUUCGGAUCAAGUUCAGGAAGCUGCCAAAAAAUUGGAACUAGACGUCAGAGUUCACCCUGGGCAUGAUCAUGCUGAUCCAUUAUUUCAUGAGUAAGCUCCCUAUGAUUUAUUGACAUCCAGACAUCAAUUUAAUCAUUAGUUUUUUCUCUGAUGGAAAUAAAGAAAGUGAAAUUGCAUUUGCCUUGUAAUGCAAUGCAUCGGGCAGAAGUUGAGGGUGCUGAUAACCUUAGUUGUUGCAUAUUGUGCACUUUUGACUAACACUAUGGUUCCCGGUACACCUAAGCUUGGGUCUAUUUGGACUCUUGGUCAAUUUAUUUUUCUAGCACCCAAAAGAAUGCAAACAUGUGGAAAUAUCAUCUGUUUCAAUCAACCACACAAGUGUUUGUACUGAAUUGAUCCUGGCAGAAAAUGUUGUGCCAGUAUGAAUUCAGCCAUGGUGAAUUGCAUCUUCUGACUAAUGAUAGCCAGGAUGAUUCAUAGUAACCCAUUCAGGGUACAUAUUCUCUGGAACUACUGUUUCUUGUUUCUCAAUGUUUUCCAUUUUUGCAGUUAUUAACAACAUUGCAUACAACAUUGCUAUGUACUCUAUAACAGAAAAACUCCUGUAUUCCCUUUCCUCUUCUAAUUAUUCUUAUUAGUUAAAAUAAUAAUAAAAGAAUCCUGAAAAUAGACUGAAGGAUUGUAGCAAUUUUAUUAUAGCUGACAAUACAGUUUUUGAGGAAUUGAAGUUGAUAGGAAAUAUAUUUCUUUUA